GAGGAAGGAAGGAAGGAAGGAAGAAAGGAAGACAGAAAGAAGAGCUCGACGCGGAAACAAGGAAGUAAAUAAGCGCGAGGAAGAUUGUUGGUCUUCAACAGGUUCAAAUGUUUUAUCGGCACUGACCAGCAAACGACAGAAAGAAAAUGCCGCUGGGGCCGUGGAGGAAGAAAAACAAGUCGCCCAAGGAGCACCUGGUGGACAAUGAGGAGGUCGGUGGCGGACACGCAGGUGCCGGGUGCUCACUCACUAAAUCCGCCGUCAAUGGCGCCGGGCUGCCGCCUCCGCCCGCCAACCUGCGGCCCAAACUGGUCUUCCACACGCAGCUGGCCCACGGAAGUCCCACCGGCAGGAUCGAGGGCUUCACCAACGUCAAAGAGCUCUACGCCAAGAUAGCAGAUGCCUUCAAUAUCAACCCACCAGAGAUCCUCUUCUGCACCCUCAACACCCACAAGAUUGACAUGGACAAGCUGCUGGGGGGCCAGAUCGGCCUGGAGGACUUUAUCUUUGCCCACGUCAAAGGGAUCAAGAAGGAGGUGGAAGUGUUUAAGUCUGAGGAUGCCCUCGGCCUCACAAUCACAGACAACGGAGCAGGAUACGCUUUCAUCAAGCGCAUCAAGGAGGGCAGCGUUGUGGACAAGGUGAAAGUGAUCUGCGUGGGCGAUCACAUCCAGUGCAUCAACGGUCGCAACAUCAUCGGCACACGGCACUAUGAGGUGGCCCGCAUGCUCAAAGAGUUACCCAGGGAUGAGACAUUCACCCUCAAGCUGGUGGAGCCCAUGAAGGCUUUUGAAAUGCUGGAGCCUAGGUCCAAGCCAGGUGCCAAGCCCAGCAGUGAGAGCAAGGUCACAAACGGCAAGGGAACGUUAAGACUUCGCUCCAAGGGACCAGCGACAGUAGAAGAUGAGCCAACAGAGUUUGAAGAGAAAGCAGUGAAAAAGGUGGAUGACCUGCUGGAGAGCUACAUGGGAAUCAGAGACACUGAACUUGCUGCCACCAUGGUGGAGGUGGGCCGUGACAAGAAGAACCCGGACGAGUUUGCCAUGGCACUGGACGAGACUCUCGGCGACUUUGCCUUCCCAGAUGAGUUUGUCUUUGACGUGUGGGGCGCCAUCGGAGAUGCCAAGCAUGGAAGGUUCUAGGUUCCCACCCCCCAAACACACAUCUCUUUUUAUCCUAGUGCAACUUUUUUUUUUUUUUUUAAUCCUGGAGGAAGCCCAAGUCGUGAUAGUGAGGGCGGGGCCAAGUCUUGUUGCUGGCAGAGACUGUUAAAGGUCUGUGACACGUGAACGGACCCCUCCUCCUGCAUGGUACCGAAUCUUUAACUGCAUUUUUAAAAACACUUGCUAGCUGUAUCAUUUGAAAUGCCAAGAUCACACAACUUUUUAUUGUUUUUUCAUGUGUAAGAUUUGUGGGCUGUCAUUUUUGGAGCAAUGGUUGAAGUCCGUGGUGCCGUGUCUUUCCUGGUCUGGAGACUUGCAGCACAAAUAACAAAAGAGAUUGAAAUUUCUUCACACAGAUGGACUUUGUAGUCCUUAGUUGUCUUUGUCUUCACCUCACUAUUUACUGUAGGCAUAAUUAAUCUGCUGUAAUACAGGGAAAUGUCUGGAAUGUGAUAAGCUCCAUCCAAAGUCUCCCAUGCAUGUACACUUAACACCAAACUGAUUCAUUCUCAGGACAUAUUUUCCCAUAUUAUGGCUUUUAAGUUAAAUUGACACAAGACAUAUUAUUCAUACAUUUUGUGCACUCAAGAUGCUGUAAGCAAUCCAGGUAGGCCAAUUUAUACACUUAAAGGGAUAGCUCGGAUUUUUUUACAUGAGUUGUAAGACAUCCCCAUCAGCAGUGUACAACAUCAACAGUGACUUACACCCCCAAUUGGUCCCGGGAGUCCAGUUCUAGUCGGAGAUCUCUUUCUUGCUGGGGCCAUUUAAGUAAAGGGUUUGGCAUCAGACCUCACAAAAUGCUCGGCAUUAGAUUUUUCUCCCGUCGUAUUCCUGCGCACUGUCGCCUGUGCAUUCAUGUGUAGGUGAUGAAGAUGCUUGCGUCUUGUCUCGCUGUGGAACACAUAUGUAAACAAGAUGGCCGCGGAAGAAUAGUGGCAUUACCGCGAGCGUCUUCAUCACAUACACCUGAAUGCACAGGCGACAGUGCCCAAGCAUACGGCGGGAGACAAAUAUGACGCUGAGCAAUUUGUGAGGUCUAAUUUUUUUGAGGAGGCAUUUUUGUGAUGCAAAUGUGUUACUCUUUUGAAUGCAUAUUGUUUUGAGAAGCCAAACUCUUUACUUAAAUGGCCCCAGCAACUAAGUGGAAUUACAUUCCUCGUCACGGAUCUCCGACCAGAACUGGACUCACGGGACCCAUUGGGGGGUAAGCCACUGUUGCUGUAGUACACUGCUGAUGAUGUCAUUACAACUUCAUGUCAAAAAAAUCCGAACUAUUCCUUUAUCUCAACAAAAUAGCUACAUUUUAGCUUUGUCUUGCACACCACAAAGCUAAUUAUAUAUACUGUGUAGCUCUUAAUCAUAAUUUAUCCAUUUUAGUCAUACAAUUCAUACAAUAUGACGAGUGCCAAUAAAAAAACAAAAAUGGCCCGUGGAUACCCGUGAAUAGCAAUCUCUAUGGACAUAUCUGCAUAAUCUGGGGGAGGAUGCGAUAACUAUCAGGGGGGGUCAUGAGAGGCAGGGAGUACUUUCACUAUUGCUGGAGAGCUGCCAACAUGUACAAAUUUUUCGUACUCAACAUGCAAUUUGACUCUUGCAUACUCUCCAUUUUGUUGCAUUUUCCUGGUGUUUCAGUUUCGAGUUCAGUCUGUACAGUACAGAUAAAUAAAUAGAUAUCAGUUUCUCAAUAGUAUUUCAAAUCGGGGUAGAGUGAAAACAUUUACAUCCCCUAGGACAGGCAUGACAGAAAAUAAGUGAGAACAACUGCUUCAGUUGGAUUGUUCCAUCGUUCCUUUCCUGUUCUACUAUUACCAUCACAUUUCCCCUCUUUGCCAUCAGUGGUACCUCUCUGUGGUGGCAUUACAAAAGAAACUAAAGAAAAAGCUAACUAAACUUUAACAUUGGUGUUCAGCAUUUGUCUUGAGGGCCAUUUGUGGCCUGCGGCACAUUCUAAAAAACAAAACAAAAAAAAACAUACAAUUAAACAAGAAAACUACCACUACUGCUAUUACUACUACUGAUAAUAAUACGCUUUGUCACUUAGAACACAAAGCUGACAUGCAGGCAGUUUUUUUCCUUGAAAGAAAGUCAUCCCUUGUUUAUCGCGAUUGAUUCCAGAUCUGACCGUGAUAAAUUAAUUCCCGCGAUAUAGUAUUCAAUGUUUUAUUUUCGUAGUUAGACAAACAAGUUUUCUAUGCUCUUUCUAAAUAUGGUUUUUAACAUUGUUAGAGCCCUGUAGACAUGAAAUAACACCCCUAUAGUCACCUUCACACUCCUAUUAUCCUUUGUUUACAACACAUUGCUCAACUGUUAUGCUGCAGGGACUCGAGACGGCCGUGAGCUAACCAGUUAGCCUUGAAUUUACUUCUUCUGAACAUAAGAAGCCAAAAAACUUACCACUUCCACACAGAAUGGGAGGAGAACUUUUUUUUUUUUAAACUCCAUCAUGUCUUCAUGCAGUGUUAAGGUAAUGUAAUGUCAGGUCUCAAUGUCUUGUGUCUGCCGCCUAGUGACCAGAAUACUACAUAUCACUUGUAUUUCGAUAGGUUUGGACUAAUAAUAGACAGUCUACCAUAAAACAGUGAUCAUUUUUGUAUCUGAAUUACUGCGUUAUAGUGAGGGAGCGAUAAUCAAACCGUGACAUUGCAUAGGACAACUGUAUAUACUGUAUAUGACUCAAUGAGCUCUGACAUCCAAUCCAGAUGUAUCCAAAUGUAAAUUUAGUUUUAAUUAGGAACAUUUUACAGCAACGUUCUUGUGUCAUUUCCAGCUAAAAGAUGCACUUGAAGGCAACAUUUGUCCUGGCUAUCAAGAUUAAUGAUUUAUGGUGUGCCUGUAAACUAUUUAGUGUGUUGGAAAACAAUAAGAGAAUAAGGGAAUUGCCAAUGUUUUUGGACAAUAAAAUUUGGUCAACUCCACUCCAAUCUGCAGUGUAAUAUUUAGCCCAAAGUGUUCACUAGAGCAAUUUGUUUAAUUUGCACGUGUAUAUCGUGUAUAAAACAAUGUUUUUCACCCUGUGCAGAAGUAACAACAAAAAUGUACCACAUUAAAUUCACAUUUUGGCAAAAAUGAAAAUCUAGACGUCAGAAUCAUCUUUGGAAGCAUCAACAGCUUUAUUAGCUUGUAGAAGUGGCCGUGGCUUUUGGCUCAUAACAUUAAGAGUUUGUAUUUUGUGGAAAUGAGCACAUGAGUCUACAGUACUACGUGAAAGUGCUCUAAUAACAAUAAUCAUCAUUGUGCAUCAAAGAGGCCAAGCAUUUGGCACUUUAAAGUCUCCUGUGGUUUCAUUCUAUCCGCAACAGACAAUCAUAGUUCUGCAUAUUACAAAUAUCCAAAAUGUAAAAAAAGAGCAUUAUUAUUAUUAUUAUCAUCAAUAAGAUCCUAACAAGAAAAACAGCGUUCAUGGUUGGAUAGUUGAAUGAAUGACCUUUCCAAAGGGGUGUGGUUUGGUGAUGUAGGAGGUGUAGCCCUUGCAGCUUGACGCUCGCCACCUCCUCACAGCUCGUCUCCAGUGUGGCUGCGAUUGAAGGUGUCGCCUGUCAGCUUCUCCUGCGCCUCCUUCAUCCCAGACACCACUGAAACAAAAAGGCCUUGAUCAACAAACUACCUUCAGCACAAGCAGUACCAUAUACACUCCUGAUCAAAGGUUGAAAAAUUGCUAGAAUUAGCAUUUUGCACAUUUGGAUCUUAGUGAGGUUUUAAGUAGAGUUACAAUAUGCAAAAACAAGAAGGGAGUGAGACAAAAAACAUCUGGAACUUGUUUAAGACCACAGGCUAUAAAAGCCAAAAUCUGCUCAAAAUGUUAAUUUUCUGUCAGGCAUUCACACUGUCAUGCCCUCCUGAUGGCUAAAGCUAAGAAGCUUUCUCUUUUUCAACGUGGUCGGAUUGUGGCGCUGCAUAAGCAAGGCCUCUCGCAGCAUGCCAUUACUGCUGAGGUUGGGAGCAGUAAAUCAGUCAUUCUACAUUUUUUGAAAGAUCCUGAGCAUUAAGGAACAAAAAGUCAAGUGGUAGACCCAAAAAAAAAAAAAAAAAAAAAAAAAUCACACCUGCGCUGAGCCGGAGGAUCCAAUUGGUUGCCCAUCAAGACACAGGGCGGUCUUCCACCCACAUUAAGGCCCUUACUGGUGCCGACUGCAGCGCAAUAACCAUCAGACGGCAUCUGCGAGAAAAGGGUUUAAAAAACGAAUUCAAAGACCUCGUCUCCUUCAACGCCACAAAACUGCCCGUUUAGACUUUGCCAGGGAGCAUCAAACAUGGGACAUUGAAAGGUGGAAAAAAGUUUUAUUCUCUGAUGAGAAAAAAUGUAACCUUGGCGGUCCAGAUGGUUUCCAACAUUACUGGCAUGACAAGGAGAUCCCACCUGAGAUGUUUUCUACCCGGCACAGUGGAGGGGGGGUCCAUCAUGAUCUGGGGUGCUUUUUCAUUCAGUGGAACACUGGAGCUUUAGGCGGUGCGGGGUCGUCUAAUGGCGGCCGCUUAUGUGCAGAUGUUGCAGUGGGCAUCCCUCAUGACUGAGGGCCCUCGUCUGUGUGGUAACAGCUGGGUUUUUCAACAGGACAACGCUGCAGUUCACAAUGCUCGCUUGACCAAGGACUUCUUCAGGGAGAAUAACAUCACUCUUUUGGACCAUCCUGCAUGUUCCCCUCAUUUAAAUCCCAUAGAGAACAUUUGGGGAUGGAUAACAAGGGAAGUUUAUAAAAAUGGCCAUCAGUUCCAGACAGUUGAUGCCCUUGGUGAAGCCAUCUUCACCACUUGGAGCAAUGUUCCCACUAGCCUCCUGGAAACGCUCACAUCAAGCAUGCCCAAACCCAUUUUUGAAGUGAUUAACAAGAAUAGUGGAGCUACUCAUUACUGAGUCCUACUGAGAACAUUUUUGGCUCUGGUUUGGAGAGUUUUUGUUAUUUAAGUGAUGGUCUUAAACUUUUGAUCAGCUGAUAAACAGCCUAUUUCAGUUUAAUUGUUGUUUUCAAUAAAUUACUUUUUCAAAGUGCUUUUUGUCUCACUCCCCCUUCUUGCUUUUGCAUAUUGUAGCUCUACUUCUAGCAAUUUUUCAACUGGUCUUAAGAGUUUGACCAUGACUGUACAAUACAGGGAUUGUUUUACCGUAUGGCUCCCCCCUCAAGUGUGAAGUGGAAUUGCAUCCAGCAAGGAUUUUCAUAUGACAAUAUUUGUAUUUCUAUUAUUCAAGGCUUACCUUGCUCUGCGCUGCUGUAAAAGUAUUUGUAGUUGGGGUUUCCCAUUUUGUUGGUGAUUUCAGGGUGAACUUGGCCACUAGAAUCUGCAAGCCAAGUGCGACUCGUUAUUUAUUUACAUUAAGCAUCAGCCUGUAACGUCUCUACGGCAGAGAAACUUGUAUGUCAACUUUUGGCUUACCGAGGAAAAGGAUGCGAGGAAUGUAGCCGCCAUCGGGACUGAAGGCCUCGUCCUUUGGCUCCUCUUCGUCCUGUCCAAGCAAGAGAUGAAACGUCAGUGGAUUGAGUGAUGCACAAGAAGCCUUCCACUGGGUAUUCAUUGCAACUGUACAGCCAUUUUCUAAAGCUAAUGUGGGAAAGUAGGCUUCAGUUUGCUAUGGAGUGGAUACUUGCAGUCUGGAAUAUAGUGGAAUAUUACAUAUAAUGGAGUAGGGUCACGUGGGCUCAUGACUCCACUCAUUUACUGUCCAAAUUGGGUGCGAGUGCUCACACUGCUCAAACAAGCUGGAUUUUGGGUGUCAAGCGUGUCCAUGCCUGCUAACAUAUGCCUAGUGUGAGUGCAACCUCAGUCAGGUCGCAGAUAGCAGUUAUGCUAACUGUAUGAGCUCAGGUAAUAUAUGAAUGUACCUUUUCUUUCUGCUAGACUUGUUUCCUCACCUCCAGGUUGACCAUCACAAAGUUGUGGGCAAGCUCCAAGAUUUCCUUAGACUGUGCAAAUUUGGGUUUCAGCGCUGCAAAGAGUGAAAAAAGACAGUGUUACACACUCCUGCCCUACCCACUGUGCAGUGUGUGAUUCUACUGUAUGUAGGUUAGAAUUACCUUUGCAAGCUCCACACCAGGUCUUGUGGAUGAUUACCAUGAUAGGCAGCCCACUGGCAACACAAACAAAGCAAAGUUAGAGGAAAUUUGUUGUUAAAAUAUAGCUCCAACUCAGAAUUGUGCCACACACCCACCUGGCCUCUGCCUCAUUUUUGCCAUCUU